AUGACCUCAUUUUAGUGCGCCUCAAUCGACAUUUUGGUUACAAGGUGAGACCACAUAGACAGAACUAUGAGUAAACUGGUGGGCAAGUGGAAAUUCGAAUCCAGUGAGGGAUGGGAAGAAUACAUGAAGGGUUUGGAUGUUGGAUUUGCUCUAAGAAAAAUAGGCGGAAUGACAAAACCACAGGAGGAAAUUUCCAUUGACGGCGACUUCUGGCAGCUUGACAUUUUGUCUACUUUUAAAAAUAUCCACCUCAAGUUUAAGCUGGGUGUGGCGUUUGAAGAACACACGGUAGAUGGCAGAACUGUGCAGUCUACGUUCACAGUAGAAGAUGAUAAACUUGUGCACGUCCAAAGAGGAAAACCAGCAGAUUCGAUAAUUACCAGAGAACUAGAAAACGACGGUACUUUAAAAGUGACAUUCAAAGUGGUAGGGAAGGAAGAGGCAACAUGUAUUAGGAAAUACAAAAGAAUAGAAUCAUAGUGAAAGACCGACAUGUAUUAUCAGCUAUUCGCCAGUUUACAGACCAUGGUACUACCCCAAUAAAAUCUGUUAUCUUGCAGUAGAAUGUUUGCUGUUGCGUCUAAUAAUUGAAGUACGAAUUUCAUUCUGAGUUGCAAAGCAAAAUCUU